GGGAAGCUCGACGUCGCGGCCCGGGGGAGAGUAGAUGAGGGUGAAAGGGAAGGUGGUCGGGGGAUUGAGGUCCCAUUGAGGGUUGAGGAAGAUGGCCGAGGAUGCGAAGGAGGAGCAGAGAACGAAUGGUGGAGGGACCGAGGGGUUGGUCACCUCAACGGAAGACGAUGGACAGGUGGCCCAGGAGGCCAGUGAGGGGCAGGCAGAAGACGGUGGGGGGCCCAACCCGCUGGUCUCUUCAAUUGAAGAAGGUGGACAGGUGGCCCAAGGUGUGAGGGAGGAGAAUAGAGGGAGUGACCAAACAACUGAGGGAUUGGACACUUCAAUGGGUGUGGAGGAGCAGGCAGGCUAUAGCUCAGGGUCCGAGUGGCAGAUACACGUGGAUCAUUGGUGGACCGAGGAGUUGGACACUGCAAUUGACGAUGAACAAAAGACUGAGAGUGUGCAGGAGGAGCAGACAGAUAAUGACCAGAGACCUAAGAAGUUGUUAUUUGCAGUAGAAGACACUGAAGCUGUUAGGGAUGAUUGGAGACCGUUGAUUAGCCUGUCACUUGAGGUCUUGGAAGAAUUUGGGGAUGCUAGUGAAGACCACACCCAGCAUGUGAAGGACAGCGAAGAAUUUGUCACCACAGCAGAGGAGCAAGAGGCUGCAAAAGACUGGAAAACAGAAGGUGAUGAUGAAGUCCAAAUAGAAAACAGUUUGGACUUCAGAAUAGAAAUGCUCGAAAGAACUAGCAUUACCCUGUCAAAGUAUAAAUCAGAAUCAGUCUCUGUUGACGUAAAUGUCGAAGAGACUAAAACUCGCAUACUGAUCAGGUAUCUCUGUAAUCAAGUGCAGCAACUACGAGAGCCUCAAAUAAAUAAACUGACAUUGUAUAUUUAUGGCAGUGAAGAUGCGGUAUUGAAAGAAUGUGAACGUGCUAGAAACAUGGAUACCUUCAUCUUUCACCCUUAUAACGCUACCAGGACCUACUAUGUCUUGUUUAAGUUGGUGCUUACAGUCCUCAAUCUUAUUUUUACACCACUUGGGAUCACUUUCUUUGACAAAGAUCAAGGCAUAAAAACAAUUGGAUGGCGAUUCUUCAGUUUUGGGUCUGACAUGUUUUUCCUUGUUGACAUCCUUAUAAAUUUUAGAAUGGGCAUCUAUACUGACGACCGUGAGGUGGUUAUUUUGAAUCCAAAAGCUAUUGCUAAAAACUACAUCAAAUCUUGGCUUCUGCCUGAUUUUUUAGCAGCUUUUCCUCUCGAUUUCUUAUUAUAUCUUAUUAAGGUUUCUGGAUUUCACAAGUUCCGUUCUUACACUUUUUCUAAAUUUUUAAGAUUAUUUUAUUUUGGUCGGAUAAUAAGUUUGAUACGACUUCUGUGUGUCUCCAACACGAUGAGACGCUUCAAGGAAUGGGAACUGGCAACAAAUGUAAAUCUGGAACCAAUGGAGUUGCUUCUGCGUACUUUGUCUGUUUGCUUUAUAAUGCUAAUUGUCUGCCAUUGGAAUGGGUGCCUUCAGUUCUUUAUUCCUAUGAUGCAAAAAUUUCCUGAGCACAGUUGGGUGGUAAAAGCAAAUCUCACGGAAGCAUGGUGGGCUGAUCAGUACUCAGCAGGAGUACUUCGUGCCAUCUCUCACACUCUAGCCAAUAGCUAUGGGCCAGGAGGUUUACCCACAGAGUUAUCAGAGGUUGCAUAUACAGUGAUCAGUAUGAUUUCUGGAGCCCUGAUGCAUACAUUAAUAGUGGGAAAUGUGGCGGCUAUGGUGUUAAAUGCAGACGCUCCAGGGCGCAUGUACAGAGAAAAGUUAUGUCAAGUAGAAGAGUACAUGGAAAAUAGGAGACUCCCUCGGAAGUUAAGGCUGAAGGUUGCAAACUAUUACAAAGAACGCUAUCAUGGCAAAUGGUUUAAUCAAGAAGAAAUUAUUGCUGAAUUGUCAGAGUUCUUGAAAGAGGAUGUUUUGUCUUUUCUAUGCAGAAAUCUGGUCAAUAAUGUACCACUGUUCCAAAAUGCAGAUCCGAAUUUUUUAAAAGCAGUAAUCACAAAUUUGCAAUACGAAGUCUUUCAGAAAAAUGACAUGAUAAUAAGAGAAGGUGCUACAGCGGAAAGGAUGUUCUUCAUUGAAUCUGGUAUUGUUUCAGUGGAGACAGCAUUUUAUCAAAAGCUGCUUUCUGAUGGUGCUUAUUUUGGAGAGAUCUGCCUUCUCACUAAAGGUUACCGUAAAGCAUCUGUUCGGGCAGUCACUCUUUGCAAAAUGUAUUCAUUGUCAGCAGGCAAAUUUAAUGACUUGCUGAAGCAAUUUCCUGGUGCUAGAGCGAAAAUAAUAAAAAUGGCGGCCCAAAGGCAAAGAACCCUCAAAAGAGCUGUAGAACAGUGGAAACCAUAGGUCUUCAGCAACCUGAUGAAACAAGAACAAUUUGUAAAAACCUGUAUAUUUUGUAUUUGUAUAUUAUUUGACAGUUAAUUUAAUAUAAUAAUCUUAAAUGUAUUCUUUAAAAACAUGUUUUAAUCUAUGAAAGAUAAAUAUUUACAACCAUACAACCUUAAAUUUGAAUUGCAAAAAACAUAUAUUAGGUUAUUACAAAAUCUGAAAACAUCUUUAUCACUGUUGAUCAUAUUUUUUUUCAUACUUAUCAUUUUGAUAUUUCGAUAUACAGGUAGAUGAAUAAGGACAGUUUGAAGCUGUCCUACAUGAUCAUUGUGAUCUGGAAAAUUCUGAAUGCUAGAGCCUCAUGUAAAAUAAAAUCCUUAUGGAUAAUGUUUUAUGAUAACCUGGUCAACAUGGAUGAGUUGGGCAAAAAGGCCUGUUUCCGCUGUAAUAUUCUGUGACCCAUCCUAUUUAUCAACUCGCACAUUAAAUGAGCAACUGUACAAUAUUGAAUUUUGUGAGCCCUAAUUGUUAGAACUAAACAAUGAUGAGAAGCAGCGCUGGUAAAACCAUCAGGACACUAUAAACAAUGAAGGUAUGGAAUUAAGGCACAAUGUACUGGAGUAACCCAGCAGGUCAAACUCUCGCUGACUGCCCCCCACUGAGUUACUCCAGCACAUUGUGGCUUUUCUAAACCAGCAUCUGCAGUUCCCUGUGUAAAAAUGUUUUGUUUCAUCGUUUUCAUAGAGAAAUAAUAUGUACAAAAUACAUAUUUGUUGAUCUUAGUUUUUCUUUUUUAAAGUGCUCUUAGCAGACUAUUGAAAGACCUUCCAUCCAAACUUCACCUCUAACAGUUUCCUGAUAUGAUGUCACAGAUGUACACAUGUUUGCCAGUGGAAGCAUGGUCAGUCACUUUUGAGCAAAUAACCAAAUGUCUUCUAGAUUCCUUUAUACCGCCAUCACCUUCCAUCCCAGAAAAAAUUAAAGUAGUGAUAGAAAGCAUGUUAUCAUUGUACCUCACAUUUGUAAUUUCUGAGCAUUUCAGUAAAUGUAACAAAAUCAGCUGAGAAUUUAGACACAAGGAACUGCAGAUACUAGUUUACAAACAAGACACAAAGUGCUGGAGUAACUC